UUUCUUCGUGGUAUGCUAGCUAGCUUGCUAGCUGACUAACGGCCGUCAACUACCUAGUGGGAAAAUGAUUAUAAUCUCUGUAUUAAGUACACUACUAAUUUAUUGAUAUAGAACAAACGAUUUGGUUGGAUAAGCAAGCCUAGUUAAUGUACACACAUUCACUGGCGUGCCGUCUACAUGGUGGGCUAAUCUUUGUUCAGCGGUUAAAAUGGUUCUACCAUCGUUUUGAUGAAACGUAGCAUGGCGACUGCAAAGACGUCGCUCCGGCAGCGCCAGAAGAGCAGCACAGCUGCGGGGAAGCUGUUGGAGGUGAUGUCGGGGGAAGCCUCCCCUGACUCCAAGUGCCCGAUCUGCCUCGACUGCUUCAACAACAUCUCCUAUCUGGACCUGUGCCUCCACAAGUUCUGCUUCCGCUGCAUCCAUGAGUGGUCCAAAAACAAGGCGGAGUGCCCACUAUGCAAGCAGCCCUUCAACUCCAUCUACCACACCAUCAAGUCCGAGACGGACUUCAAGAAGUACGACCUGCGGCCGUCGGAGAAUGGAUCUUUCGGCAACUUCGGAGGGGAGCGCUUCCGUUACCGGACAACGCUAACCGGGGCGCGCCGCCAGGCCCAGAGGCGGACGUCCCCGCCGCCGGAUAACGGCGUGAUGUUCGAGGGUGUGGUGACCGGCUCCGCCCACGCCCGCGAGGACCGCAGGCUACGGAGGUUCGUGGUGCGCCUGGCGGCGAGGAGGAGGGCGGAGAGGGAGGGCCGCGAGGUCCGCGCGCUGCAGGAGCAGGAGAUGGUGCGCUUCCGGAGGGCGCUGUACCGGCGCGGGAUCAAGGUGCGGAGCGUGCGCGACGGGGGGCGGUCCAGGGACACGUCGGCAGACUUCUACCAGAGGAACCCAGCCUGCCUGCACAGGCUGGUCCCCUGGCUGAAGAGGGAGCUGGUGGUCCUGUACGGAGCGCACGGGUCACUGGUCAACAUCGUGCAACACAUCAUCAUGUCUCGCAUCACCAGGUACGACAUGGAAGAUGGCGCCAUCCAGGAGGAGCUCCGCCCCUUCCUGCAGGCCCGCACCGAGCACUUCCUGCACGAGUUCAUCAGCUUUGCCCGGGCGCCGUUCAACAUGGAGGCGUACGACCAACACGCCGUCUACGACUGCCCCGCCCCGUCCUCCGACGACGACGACGGCGACAGCACCGACUCGUCCGUCAUCGCCAUCUCUGAGGACGGGGACGGGGGGGAGAGGGGGGGCUCGGUGGAGCUGGACCCCCCCGCCGACUCCAUGUCCAGCGGGGCGCUGAGCCAGACGGCCUGGGACGACGAGACGCCGGGGCCCUCGUACUCCACCGCCCCCGAGGCCGGCCGGGCGCCACCGCUGGCCGUCCUGGACUCGGAGUCCGACAGCAGCCCGGAGGAGGAGGGGGGGUGCGGAGGAGGAGCGACACGGAAGAGCCUCCACAUCCAGAUCGACCCGUCUGUCUUCGAGGCUGAUGUGGGAGGAGGGAGGAGGGGAGAUGGAGGAGUAUGGGGAGGGGGAGGAGCGGUCUCAACACAGAAAAGCCUCCGCGUCCAGAUUGACUCGUCUCUCUUGAAGGGCGAUAGGAGCUCUGGUGGAGGAGGAGGAGGAGGGGGCGGGGAUUGCGCCUCCGAUGAAGACUGCGUGAUCGUGGGGUUCGUGAAGCCAAUUUCCGAGAGGACCCCCGAGCUGGUCAAGCUGUCCUCGGACUCGGAGGAGUCCGUCCUGGAGGAGGUGGAGGAGGAGCAGGAACAGGAGGAGCAGGAACAGGAGGAGAAGGAACAGGAGGAGAAGGAACAGGAGGAGAAGGAGGAGAAGGAAAAGAAGGAGAAGGCUCGACUGCCCCAGCACAUCCGCUUCUCCAGCCUCAGCCCCCCCUCCACCCCGCCCGGCCACGCACCCAGGCUGGUGGGGCGGGAUUUGUGCGGGUCCAGGGACGCCCGUGAUGGCUCCUCGCUCUCAGGGAGCAGGCACGGCUCGUCCGGGAAGUCUGACAGCCGGCACCGAAGCAGAGAGCGAUCCAGGGAGCGAGGGGAGAGGAGGAGGACCACCAGGAGCCCCGCCUCCCGUGGGAAACGCCCCUCGCACUCACCAAGCCGAGACCGCGACCCUCGUUUCAGACACGGCGAGCGGAGUAGGAAAGGGGACAAAGAUGGCGGCCGCUCGGGACACGAUCCCGGCGAUGGAGCAUCGCACCCCCUGCCCUACCAGCGGGAGAGGGACGAGAGAGGAGGAGGAGGGGGGGUGUUCUACAUAGACAGGAAGAGCCACUACUCCUCCAGCUCUCACAGGGACCUGGAGCGACACUCCCGUUCUCGGAGCGGAAGCCGGAGUCGGGAAUCUCGGCGGCGGCGGCGGUCCUCGACCAGGAGCUGCUCAAGCUCCGCCCCCUCGCCAUCCUCCAGCAGGAAGUCGCGUCACGAGAAGCCCGGCGGAAAGAGGAAGUACAAAACUCGACACCUGGAGGAUUUCCCUGCCAAGGAGACGCCGUCCACCAAGUCCUCGUACCCGGAGCCGGACUCCUCGUCCUCGGCUGUGAAAGACAGGAAGGGCAGAGAGAAGAGGUGGAAGAGAGCGAAGGAGAAGGCCAGGAAGAGGAGCAGGAGUCUGAGUGUGGAGAUUGUCUACGAGGGAAGUCCUCCAGUGGAGGAGCACACUAAGAGACACCACAAGAAGAAGAAGAAACACAAGAAGAAGAGCAGAAAGCACCGGAACAGAGAGAGGACGGACAAGCCGUCUCCCACCAUCAUCACCAUAGACAGUGACAGUGACCACGCUUACCAGAGCUGCAUCCCUAGCGGUGACGCCCCACCAAUCAAAACUACUGUAACAGGAAACCCUGCGGACUCCAGCCUAUUGGAGUCCAUGUUACAAAACUGGGAAAAGCUGAUUUCACCUCUGACGUCAGAAAAUGAAGAUCUUAAACCUGAAUGCCCUUUGACUGUCAAGGCUUCUGACAACAGCACACUAGAGCAUUCUGACAAUGUUCCAAAGGACGACAAACCUCAAUCUGCUUUGGAGGAUGAUGGAAAACAUCUAUUUGCGCUCUUUGACUCCUGGUAAAAGUACUUUGUUUGGAUUAUAACACAAAGACUGAUACUAAUUACAGAACUGACCUUCUACUUUUGGUGGACUGUAUGUAUUUUAAUUUAAAGGGAGACCUUGUUUUAGUUUGUAUUGAAUCUUACCUACCGCUCUGCCAAAUGUCGGUCGUGCCACUGUGCCAGUAACAGCCGAAUAGCUAAAUAAAUUAGUCUUUUUUUUCAACACAGCAGUGUGAAAGGCGUUCUCUGUAUGAAAUCACACACACACACACAGGUCCCAUGAUUUUUCUUGAGUGGUAGUAUUUCUCCAUUUUAUAAUUGUCCUAACAGAUUCUUGAAAUGAUUCAUUUCCAAGCCUCACUGUCUCAGGGAUACUAUUGACUACAAAGCUGUUCCAGGCUCAACCUGCUGCUCCUGCAGUCUGGGACUGAACAUACAAUCUGCUAGUAUGGGUUGCCAUAACGAGGAAUACUGUCAGGGGCGAGUAUUAUUGGAUGCAGGAUUAGGCGAUGCUUAGUUCUGUGUUUUUCAACUCCAGCUGAUUCAUGUUUGUCAGAACUGCUGUUUAAAACAGGUUUGCAUUGACUUCGCUUCAAAACAGACCAAAUACUGUCUGUCUGCCCAGAAAUUGUGUAUGUGUAACACAAAUACAUAUAUAUUGUACAGUAUAUAUAGUAUACAACAUGUAUAGUACUAUAUAUACCACUCCUGUUUUCUGGGUGCGGAAGUUGGGGGCCGAUCACAGUACGAACAUUACAACGCUGAGUUGUAAAAGUUAAUAAAUGGUU